UACAGGUAGAGGCAAGGGAACAACUACUGUAGUUGGCAGAGGUAGAUCCAGGGGUAGGGGCAAGAGCACUUGAAUGGGAAGAGGAAGGGGAACAACCAGUGAACUUGAAAGGGGAACAACCAGUGUACAAGGAAGGGGAUCCACCAAUGGACUGAGAAGGGGCAGGGGCACAACCAUUGGACUGAGAAGGGGUAAGGGCACAACAAAUGGACUUGGUAGCCAAAUCACUGAAGAUACAGGGGUGGAAUGUCAAUUUCAAGCCACAAUGGUUCGCACAAGGGGAGGAGGCACUGCAUUCCUAGGUAGGGGUGGCAGAAUUCAAUGGAUAAGCCAUGAGGCUAAUGUACCUUCCAACUAUGCACAAGCUACACAAUCGUCACAAACUGCAGUUGGAUCAAAUAAGUCCACAACAAAAUGCAUCUUCAAAGGCCAGAAAUUUGGAAAUCUUGCUACUAUUUAGUUUGAUUUGGGUUAUGUAAUGAACUUAGUUAUUACUUGCACCUCUUAUGUUUUGGAAACUGUAAUGUGUAGGCCAUUAUUUUUGGGUUUGUCUUGGCCAUUAUGCUGAUGAAAACUGUAAUGUGUAGGCCAUUAUUUUGGGUUUGUCUUGGCCAUUAUGCUCAAAUCUGUAAUGAUUUGAAUUUGUUUUGCACAUUAUGUUGGAAACUGUGGUGGCCAUUUGUUUGGUCUUAGGUAAACUUUAAUGAUUAUGCUAAGUAUUUGAGACU